UCAGAAGAAGAAGAUGCACUGCUUCACUUGGACGAUUCUGGCUGGGCUUUUGGCCCUUGUCUCGGCUGCUGGAUUGCCUCAAAGGCCAAGUAGUGGCUACCAGGAGCAGGACACGGCCAGAGCCUUCUACUCCUACGGCUAUAGCGACGACAACGCGGCCAGGGCCGAAUACUCCUCCCGAGAUGGCACCUCCCGGGGCUUCUACUCUUACGUGGAUGCCGAUGGCAAACUACAAACUGUUCGAUAUGAGGCAAAUGGCAUUCAGGGUUUCAAGGCCGAGGCGAGUAACCAACCCCAAGCUCCGGUGGACGAGGGCAGGGCUCCAUUGCCAGUAACAGAUACGGAGGAAGUGCAGCAGGCUCGUCUGUCCCACCUAAAUGCUCUGAGGGAUGCGCGGGAGAAGGCUUUAGCGACCAGUUUGCGCGAGGAGGCGGACAGACGACAGCAACAGGAUCAGACAAGAAACAACGGCGAGGAUCAGCAGUCGGGGGAGCAGAGCCUGACCGAUGAGGAUGCCGCGAUCUUGGAGAGAGUUCGGGCCGAGCUCUCAGCCAUGCUGGCCGAUCGGCAGCGAUCUGGCAAUCUGCCCAGGAACAGGGAAGAUCAGGAUCAGGAAAUCCGACAGGAACAGAGGCAGGAGCAAAGACUGGAUCAAAGGCAGAAGCAACAAGAAGAUCGACGACAGGAUCAGCGAGAAGAUCGGCGACAAGAUCAGCGAGAUGAUCGCCGCCAAGAUCAGCGAGAUGAUCGCCGCCAAGAUCAGCGAGAUGAUCGGCGACAAGAUCAGCGAGAAGAUCGGCGACAAGAUCAGCGGGAAGAUCGACGACAGGACCAGCGAGAUGAUCGUCGCCAAGAUCAGCGAGAAGAUCAAGAGUCCCGGCAAAAUCAACGACAAGAUCAGUCCCGAAACCAGGAAAACCUACGGGAAUCGAAUACCAACCGUGAAAAUGAUCGUCAAAUCGAUCGCCAAAGCUCCCAGCUUCUUCAACUGCCGAGCUCCUCCGAUGGCGAUGCCAAUGAUCUGCGCCUGCGAACCAUCUAUUCCCUGUCCGAUCUCAGUUCCAGCAGCUAUCUGAAGCUCGGUGAUUUGGCCAGUAGCGAGAAACUGCUGGAGGAUCGUUUGGACAACAGUGAUCUCCGUGUGCCGAUCGGUGCCUACUACACCCUGGUUUCGCCCAACACCAAGUACAGUGUGACCACGCCCACGGAGCUGAGAACCCUGCGUCCAGUGGCCCUCAGUCGCAGUUUGUUGGUGAGCAAACGCAAUUGAAGGAUUUAGGCUACGUACUGUGGAUCAAGGCCGACUUAUGAUCGUGGAACAGAAUGAAGUGUAACUUUGAUGUGUUUCCUAAGAAUAAAUGCAAGACAGAGCACCAUUGUGCCAAAUUAAA